AUGCGGAUAACGGCAGCGGAGCCAGGCAAAGUCAACUUUGAACUACCCAUUGAGAAACAACAUACAAACCGGCUAGGUAUACUGCACGGUGCCACGCUUGCCACCAUGGUCGACACCAGUGGGUCACUUGCUCUGGCUUCUCGUGGCCUAUAUUCGACAGGAGUUUCGACAGAUCUCAACGUAACAUACCUCAACGCCGGCGGAAAGAUCGGUGAUUUGAUCAAAGGCGAAGUCAUCUGUGAUAAGUUUGGCAAAACUCUUGCAUACACUUCGGUCAAAUUUAUGAACAAGAACAACGAGAUCGUGGCUCGAGGAAGCCACACAAAAUUCGUCGCCCUCGCGUGGAAAGAUGAGAGGAAUAUUACUGGGGAAUUGGAGCCAGAAGUCAGCGAGUCUCAAGCCAGCGAAGUGACACGAACGAGCUUCAAGUGA